AUGUCGUACAAUCCAUACGCAUAUGGGUCUAAUGCUGGGUCCAUGAACGACAGGUUUUCACAUGAGGCAACUGGGCAUACCGCACAACCACAGGUACAUGAGAGUCCUGCACAGGAUCAAUUUGCAUCUAAUACCAAGCAAGAUGGGCCAGGUGGUAUGCCAUUUCAGAAUCCAACAACUUCGAUGGCCUAUCAAUUGGGUCAGAGUGCUUUUACCAACUUUAUUGGUCAACAGAACUUUUCACAGUUCCAGGAAACUGUAAAUAAGGCCACUGCGGGGUCAUCCAGUCUUUCACACUAUUUCCAGGUAAACACAGCUUAUGUUUUGAAGAAGUUACAGAUCAUUUUGCUGCCUUUCUUCAAGAGAACAAAUUGGCAACGUGUACCAGAUACGCAGUCCCAAGGCGGGGGUGCUUUAUCUUUCCUACCACCAAAAGAUGACGUUAACUCGCCAGACCUAUACAUACCAAUCAUGGGGUUGGUGACGUAUAUUCUCAUCUGGAACAUGCAAAAGGGCCUUGAAGGUUCUUUUAACCCAGAGAACUUAUACUACAAGCUUUCCUCAACUUUGGCAUUUGUUGGCUUGGAUCUGGUAAUUCUGAAGUUGGGUCUCUAUCUCUUGGUGAAUACUAACUCUCCAACAUCUAGUAUCACCGAACUGGUAUGUUACGUUGGCUACAAGUUCGUUCCACUUACAAUGGUUCUGUUCUCGCCCAGUAGACCUCUAUACGUAUCGAUGCUUGCCAAAGUAUACCUUUUCAUCGCAUUUGGCGUAUUCUUGCUGAGGUCUGUUAAGUUCAACUUGUUCGUCAACGCUAACAAUGACAUGGCUAACAUUAAGAAAUCUACCGUCAAGAAAUGCAAUUACUUUCUCUUUGUUUAUGGAUUCUUUUGGCAAAGUAUCCUAAUGUGGCUAAUGGCAUAA